UGUGUGGAAAGUGUUCUUUCAGUCAGUGCCGGUAAAGUUCCUCCCAGCUGGACGCUGAAACGUCCUCCUCGUGUGUUUCAGAGUCACAAAUCCAGCAUCAACACGCUCCAAGGGGAAGACGGCUGCAGUGUGACUGAUGACUCAGGAAGCCAGUGGUCUGCCACCGCAGACAGCGAGGAGGAGAGGAACGCUGCCUUAGAGAAGAGCAUAUAUGUUCUGACUGAACUCAUCGAGACAGAGCAGUUGUACGUGGAAGAUCUUGGACUCAUCGUGCAGGGCUACAUGGCCACCAUGACCAACCAGGGAGUUCCAGAGGACAUGAAAGGGAAGGACAGGAUCGUGUUUGGAAACAUUCACCAGAUCUACGACUGGCACAAAGAUUACUUCCUGGGAGAGCUGGAGAAAUGUGUGUGUGAUCCAGAAAGCCUCGCCCAACUCUUUAUCAAACAUGAACGGCGUCUUCACAUGUACGUGGUUUACUGUCAGAACAAACCCAAGUCGGAGCACGUGGUGUCGGAGUACAUUGACACCUACUUUGAGGACCUCAGGCAGCAGCUGGGCCACAGGCUGCAGCUCAACGACCUGCUCAUCAAACCUGUUCAAAGGAUCAUGAAGUAUCAACUUCUGCUGAAGGACUUUCUCAAGUACUACAGUCGAGCAGGAAGAGACGUGGAGGAGCUGCAGAGGGCGGUGGAGGUGAUGUGCUUCGUGCCAAAACGCUGUAACGAUAUGAUGAAUGUGGGGAGACUUCAAGGGUUUGAGGGUAAAAUCACAGCUCAGGGGAAGCUGCUUCACCAGGAUCCCUUCUCCGUCAGUGAGCAGGAAACGGGCCUCGUGUCCAGACCCAGGGAGAGGCGGGUCUUCCUCUUCGAGCAGCUGGUUAUCUUCAGUGAGCCAAUUGACAAGAAAAAGGGCUUCUUGUUGCCGGGUUACACUUUCAAAAACAGCAUCAAGGUCAGCUGUCUGGGCGUGGAGGAGCAGUCGGACGACCCUUGCUGCCUGGUGCUGACCUCCAGGGGAAAUGACCGUAGCCUGACACGCUUUAUCAUGCAGACGUCGUCGCCCGAAGUACGUCAGGCUUGGCUCGGUGACGUGGUCCAGAUCUUGGAGACCCAGAGGAACUUCCUGAAUGCCCUUCAGUCUCCCAUCGAGUACCAGCGCAGAGAAGGCAAGUCCAGCAGUCUGGGCAGAAACAUGAAGCCCCCCACGCCGUCGUCAUCCGGGCUACAGCCCAGAACCUCUGCAUCCAUGGACCGUCGUCAUCAGCCCAGUCUGUUGUCUUCAAACACCUCUCUUCCAUCACUGCAUCCAGGGAAACACAGCCCUGCAGCAAAGGCAGUUUCAAACCCCUGUUCUGCCCCCGCUGGAUCAGACCACCCGUCACUUUCUGACCUGCAGCAGCUCGGUUCGUCCACAGAGCUGAGACGUGAACCUCAGACCUCCAGUGGUCUGUUUCCCAGCAGCCAACACAGCAGGAUGUGAAGCUUCUAUUGAAGUGAGAGCAGGAGUCACUCAGCACGUCGACCAAACGACUCAGACCAGUGUGCAGAGAGUCGGCAGUAAUGUCCAGCGAUGAUGAUGAGGAAGAGGGCAGGGUAUUUUGGCAAACAUCACAAAAGGAAAAACACGUCCACACUUGGUUUCCACUUCUGUUCCAGGUUCCAUACCAAGUGGUUCCACUCCUGCUAAUCUGGAUGUGAUUAUUUUUGAGUGUGUUUGUCGUGUAUGUGUGCGAGUGUGAGUUGCACCAUUAGCAUUUGUAUUGUUUUGUAUACAUUGUUCCUUAAAGUCUCCCCGAUGGAUAUUUUUGUAGUAGAUACUAUUUUUCAGGAAGGACCAAACACCGUCUGCUUGCUGUAGCCUCAGUAAACCCAGUCUCACCGUGGAGUCUAAAUCCAUGUUAUUUAUGUCUCUGCAUUCCACUGAGAGUAAAAGAGCCAGUAUUUUCCCAGUGGCCGGUUAUUUUAACCCAGCCAUUGUUAGUGUGUUAUCAGAACCAAACAUGCACCAAGUCACCACGAAAUCUAGAGGAAGAAAGAGAACGGAGACAAACAAACAAAAAAAACAGAGGUGCUGUCAAAAUGGAUUAAAAAAAAAUCCAUAGUCCAUGUGGAACCUGUUCAUUGAAAACCUGUUUGUUGUGUCCAGAACCACACAGAAUAAAAAAGGAUGAUCUUUAAA